AUGGACCCCAGCUUGUACAAAGACUUCAAAACCUCGAGGGGAUUCAAUUAUCACUACCUCGCCGUAGCACCUCAACAGAAUCUCCCAUAUCUUCUCUUCGUGCAUGGCUUCCCAUCGAUGUCGUAUGAUUGGCGACACCAAGUACCCUAUUUCAAGGACCUGGGAUACGGCCUGAUCGUACCUGACAUGCUAGGCUAUGGGGGAACCUCUAUUCCCACUGACACGGAGUCAUACAGGAGGUCUCUCGUCUGCAAGGACCUUGUAGAGCUCCUCGAUGCUGGGGAUGCCAAGCGAUGCAUUGUCGUCGGCCACGAUUGGGGCUCGUACGUUACCGCCAGGUUGGCAGACCUGUACGAAGACCGGUUCAUCGCCUUCGCCUUCUUCGCCGUAGGAUACGCACCCCCUAACCCAGACUUUGACAUAGAUCAAGUUCUGGCGUGGACCAAGCAAGUGGUCGGAUACGAGCUGCUCGGCUACUGGAAGUUCUUCUCGGACGCAGAUGCACCUGUGCUCAUUGAGAAGAACUUUGAGUCAUUCGACAGCCUGCUCUACGCGGACGACGCUAGUCUGUGGAAGACGGACCUAGCGCCCUCCGGGGUCUUUCGUGCUUGGAUAGAGGCCGAAAAGACGACCGCUGUUGGCCCGUGGAUUAGCGAGGAGGAACGGAAAAUUCACAGCGAGAUACUUCUGCAGGGUGGUUUGGCCGGGCCCGUGUGCUGGUACAAAGUCGCAACGAGCGGGAUCAUGAACGACGACGACAAGGGUGUCCCAAUUCGAUCCCCCGCAGUGUCGAAGCCUGUGUUCUUCGGCGCAACGAGCAAGGACGCAAUUUGCAUCCCCAAGUUGCAGAUACCUGUCACACAGAAAGCGUGCCCGAACCUCAUCGUCCGCGAGUUCGAUUCGGGGCAUUGGGCGCAGUUGGAAAAGAAAGACGAGGUUAAUAAAGAGCUUGGAGCGUGGUUCACUGCAAUCUUGGCGUCGGCGUCGGCGUCGGCCUAG